CCCCCCACGCUUGGUUCAGUACAACAUGGCAGCGCCCAUAGAAAGAGGAGUCGAUACAAACACACCAGAAAUCAACAUGUCCUUAAAGAAAACUCUCUCUGCAGUCUCUCCCCUUACUCUGCGGAUUGUUGCUGAAUGUCCGGUGACAAAGGCAAGAGCUUGUGAUCUUGUGCUGCCACACUGCACCGUCAACACCCCGGUUUUCAUGCCUGUGGGCACACAAGGCACUCUGAAGGGAAUCACUGUGGAUCAGCUUGAGAGUCUUGGGUGUCAAAUAUGUCUUGGCAACACAUACCACUUGGGUAUGAGACCGGGUCCUGAAUUGAUUGAGAAAGCCAACGGUCUACAUGGUUUCAUGAAAUGGAAGAACAAUCUCCUAACAGACAGUGGAGGCUUUCAGAUGGUGUCUCUUGUUGAACUGUCGGAGGUCACGGAGGAAGGGGUCAAGUUCAAGUCGCCCUAUGAUGGCAAGGAGAUUCUCCUAAGUCCCGAGAAGUCCAUCAGUAUACAGAACAGUCUGGGGUCGGACAUCAUGAUGCAGUUAGACGAUGUGGUCAGCAGUACGGUGACAGGUCCUCGGGUGGAGGAGGCCAUGCACAGAUCCAUCCGCUGGCUGGACCGUUGCAUAGCAGCCAAUAAAAAUCCAGACAAACAGAACCUUUUUGCCAUCAUCCAGGGUGGGCUGAAUGCUGAGCUGCGUAAGAUCUGCCUAGAAGAAAUGACUCAGCGUGACGUUCCUGGUUUUGCCAUCGGUGGUCUGAGUGGUGGAGAGGAGAAAGACGACUUCUGGAGGAUGGUCACGCUGAGCACAGACCACCUGCCCCGAGAGAAGCCUCGUUACCUCAUGGGUGUGGGCUAUGCUGUGGAUUUGGUGGUGUGUGUCGCUCUGGGAUGUGAUAUGUUUGACUGCGUCUUCCCCACACGAACUGCAAGGUUUGGCUCUGCCUUGGUACCUUGGGGGUCUCUUCAGGUCAAACAAAAGCAAUAUGCCAAGGACUUUCAACCCAUAGAUCCGGACUGCCAGUGCCCCACCUGCAAGAGACACAGUCGAGCUUACCUGCACGCUCUGUUCAAGACUGAUACGGCAGCCAUGCAUCAUGUCACCGUCCACAACAUUGCCUACCAGCUCACCCUGAUGCGCUCUGUGAGACAGAGCAUUGUGGAAGGCCGCUUCCCGGAGUUUAUAAGGACAUUCAUGAAGCGGAUGUUCCCCUCUAGUGAGCAGUACCCCGGCUGGGCUGUGGACGCUCUGGCUUCUGUCAACAUCACUCUGGACUAAAACACCUUCUUGUUGUACACAAACUGGGAAAAUGUGUCUACUCAUGACUGAGACUUUUUAUAUCCUUUUUAAAGAACCUUUUUUUAAAAAAUUUUUACAGAUUAAUGUUUUCUACUCUUUUUAUUAGCAUUGCAGUGCAUGCUGAUGGUGUGGAAAAUGUCUUUGGAAUCGAAGAGAUAAAGCCAGAUUGUCUUUUGAAA